AUCCAGCUCACCCAUCACCGACCGGCAACGGUACUCAUUCAAUCGCCCAACGGUCACCCUCUCAUUGAAUUGCUUUGUUUCUUCUCUCUCUGUGCCUCUCAUCCUCUCCACACGCUCCAGGCCCACCCUUCUUCAAUUUCACUUCGCUGCCCAGGCCCAGCCUCCUUCUUGGUUGGUCAGCCAGUUAGGCAGUUAGCUCUCCUUCUUUACAUCAAGCAGAGCCAUCUUCUCAUAUUCCUCAAAACUCUUUUUUCUUUUCUUGAUAUCAGGCACGCCCAGUUUUUCUUUUCUUUAGCGCUUUUGAAGAAAAGGGAACAGAAAACAGAUGGGUGGUGAAGGGAAAGUUUUCACCUUAGCUCAAGUGUCUGAGCACAACAAUCCCAAGGACUGUUGGUUGAUUAUCGGCGGCAAGGUUUAUGAUUUGACAAAGUUUUUGGAAGACCAUCCGGGUGGUGACGAGGUUUUGUUGUCUGCUACAGGGAAAGAUGCAACUGAUGAUUUUGAGGAUGUGGGUCAUAGCACGAGUGCUAGAGAAAUGAUGGAUCAAUACUAUGUUGGAGAGAUUGAUCCCUCAACCAUCCCUAAGAAGGCUACAUAUAAUCCAUCAAAGCAGCCUCACUACAAUCAGGAUAAAACCUCUGAGUUCAUUAUCAAGCUCCUGCAAUUCCUGGUUCCCCUUGCUAUACUGGGUUUGGCUUUUGGCAUCCGCAUCUACACAAAGUCAACUUAAAAUGCUUUGAAUCCAUAGUAUGAUAAACACUUGAGAAUUUAUUGAUGCUAUUAGAGACUGUCCCCUUUGUCUUAGUUUAGUGUAGUAAUUAAGCUUAUUUGUUUGGUGUCUGGUCAUGCCACUGUGUCCACGUUUGGCAUCAUAGAGAUGAGAAACUGUGGUGCUGGUGGCUUUCCUGACAUCUGUGUCCCAGUUAUCCUAUUAUUUAGAGCUCUCAGUUAUUGGAAAUGAAAGAACCUAACUGGUCUUAUUUGUCGUUC